UGCCCGCCCGAGCGCCGGAAGCGGCGGCGCGCGGGGCGCCGUGGGAGCGUGAGCCCGGCAACAUGGCGGAGUCUGCAAAUGCCACCCAUGAAGUCAUCAAUGCCACCCUCCACACUCUGCUGGCUGCUACCACCAAGCUGGUGGCACCUACGCCUCCCAAGCCCAUCCUUCCUGUUCAGACUGGAGUCCAGGCACAGCAAGAGGAGCAGUCUAGUGGCAUGACGAUUUUUUUUAGUCUUCUUGUUAUAGCUAUCUGCAUCAUAUUGGUGCACUUACUGAUAGAAUACCGGCUUCAUUUCUUACCAGAGAGCGUGGCUGUUGUUUCCUUAGGUAUCCUUAUGGGAGCUUUUAUAAAAAUCAUAGAGGCUCAAAAGCUGGCCAACUGGAAGGAAGAAGAAAUGUUUCGUCCAAAUAUGUUUUUUCUGCUUUUGCUUCCACCUAUUAUAUUUGAAUCUGGAUAUUCACUGCACAAGGGUAAUUUUUUUCAGAACAUUGGUUCCAUCAUUCUGUUCUCAGUGUUUGGCACUGCAAUAUCAGCUUUCAUUGUAGGUGGAGGAAUCUAUUUCCUGGGCCGGGCUGAUGUAAUUUAUAAACUCAACAUGACAGACAGUUUUGCAUUCGGCUCGUUAAUAUCUGCAGUUGACCCCGUGGCUACUAUUGCCAUUUUCAAUGCCCUCAAUGUGGAUCCUGUGCUGAACAUGUUGGUUUUUGGAGAAAGUAUUCUCAACGAUGCAGUCUCAAUUGUCCUGACCAACACAGCAGAAGGUUUGACAAGGGAAAAUAUGUCAGAUGUAAGUGGAUGGCAAACCUUCCUACAGGCACUGGGAUACUUUCUCAAGAUGUUCUUUGGCUCUGCAGCACUUGGCACACUUACUGGUCUUAUUUCUGCAUUAGUACUAAAGCACAUUGAUUUGAGGAAGACACCUUCCCUAGAAUUUGGCAUGAUGAUUAUCUUUGCUUACCUUCCUUAUGGACUUGCAGAGGGGAUCUCACUCUCAGGUAUCAUGGCAAUCCUGUUCUCUGGCAUCGUGAUGUCUCACUACACACACCACAACCUGUCCCCGGUGACACAGAUCCUGAUGCAGCAGACACUCAGAACUGUGGCUUUCAUGUGUGAAACGUGUGUUUUUGCAUUUCUUGGCCUGUCAAUUUUUAGUUUUCCUCACAAGUUUGAAAUGUCCUUUGUCAUCUGGUGCAUAGUGCUGGUUCUCUUUGGUAGAGCAGUGAAUAUUUUUCCACUUUCCUACCUACUCAACUUUUUCCGUGAUCAUAAAAUCACUCCCAAAAUGAUGUUCAUCAUGUGGUUUAGUGGAUUGCGUGGUGCCAUUCCCUAUGCCCUCAGCCUCCACCUGGGCCUGGAGCCCAUGGAGAAGCGGCAGCUGAUCGGCACCACGACCAUCAUCAUCGUGCUGUUCACCAUCCUGCUGCUGGGAGGGGGCACCAUGCCCCUCAUCAGGCUCGUGGACAUCGAGGACUCCAAACCGCGCAAGAGGAGCAAGAAGGACGUCAAUCUUAGCAAGACAGAGAAGAUGGGAAACACUAUAGAAUCUGAGCAUUUGUCAGAGCUCACAGAGGAGGAAUACGAAGCCCAGUACAUAAAACGCCAGAACCUCAAAGGGUUUAUGCGGCUUGAUGUGGAGUAUUUGAAUCCUUUCUUCACCAGAAGACUCACACAAGAAUACCAUUUCAGCACUUUCCUACAAAAACUAGUCAUUUAUUGCAAAACCAGAAAGGAAUCAAGAAACCAAAGUAAGCAUCUGAUUCGUAGUUGGUAGCCAAAAGCACAGGCUGCCAUCCAGAUUGCAACCAAAGGCUGGAAAAAUAAGCAUGUGAAUCACCGUGGCAGGCCACAAGCUUCCCCGUGUCCCUGGGAGCACGGGGGGGAGAGUCAAAGCCAGCAUCAGGAUUGCUGAAACACACAGAGCAGGACUGUCUAGAGAACACAGGUAGGAAUACCAUCAGCAGAGCUGUCGUCUGUAGCAGUGAUCACUGACCGAGCACGUGCGCAGCGUUUUCUGUUGGGAGGCAGAGCGUGCUCUCAGGGCAGGGGCGGAUGCUGUCCCGAGGGCCGUGAGCUGCCCUGGCCCUGCAGAGCCCUGGCACGGGGCUGGUGCAGCGGCAGUGCCAGCGCUGUGCUUCGCUUUGCCCAGGACCUGCACGACGGGCGCAUCCAGAUGAAGACCCUGACCAACAAGUGGUACGAGGAGGUGCGCCAGGGCCCCUCGGGCUCCGAGGACGACGAGCAGGAGCUGCUGCAGCAGAGCGGGGCCGGGGCACGCUGAG